AUAUUUUGAGAGCCAAAUAUUUAUAAGAAUUUGAAUUGGCGCAACCAAAUGGACGACACGGAUCACUUGGCAACCCCUUGCUCCGAACGGCGCAAUACAGAUUACUUUUUUGGGCUUUCUGCCAGACGAAUAUCAUACCAAAAUGAUGUCGGUUACAAGCAUCGCUCGUAAUAAAGUAUUACCCCUUCUUCGAAAAUCAACCAAAAUUCAAUCAACCGCAUCACUUUCAUCUUUAGUUAAACUAGAAGAAAAACAAGGCUAUGCUGUUGUGUCAAUGCAGAAACCCCCAGUUAAUUCCUUGAGCCUUGAAAUGAUUCAAGCAUUGUCCCAGUCCUUGAUUGAAUUGGAGAAAAACAAAUGUAAAGGAAUCAUCCUAACUUCGGCUUGCCCUGGUAUUUUCAGUGCUGGCCUGGACAUUCGUGAAAUGUACCAGCCUACUGAUGACAGAUUAAAUCAAUUUUGGUCUUCGCUUCAAACUUUGUGGCUUCAAUUGUAUGGUUCCAAAAUGGCAACUGUUGCCCUUAUUAAUGGGCAUGCUCCUGCUGGUGGAUGUUUACUAGCAAUGUGUUGUGAUUCCAGAAUUAUGUUAAAUGGAAAAUCCAGAAUUGGCCUUAAUGAAACAAAACUUGGAAUAGUUGCGCCUUCAUGGUUCAAGGAUACAUUUGUAAAUACCAUUGGUGUGCGACAAUCCGAACGUGCGCUUCAAUUGGGAAGUCUAUUUAGUCCCGAGGAAGCGCUUAAAAUAGGUUUGGUUGACAAAUUAGUUCCCGAUAUGGAAACUGCCACUGCUGUUGCCGAAGCAGAAUUGAAAGAAUUCCUCCAGAUUCCAGGUAUGGCUCGCUAUUUGUCCAAGAUGAAGAUCAGAGAAGCAGCAAUUAAAGAUCUUUCAGAGACCCGUGAAGCAGACUUGAACCAAUUUGUAAAUUUUGCUAAAACUGAUGCAGUUCAAAAGGGUUUAGGAUUGUAUUUGCAGAGUCUGGCAAAGAAGAAUUAGCACAAAGUUUAUUCAAUACUCUAAAAUACAACAAUAGAAACUAA